AUGGCACCGAAAAAAAGUAAAGAACAACUAAAACUAUUAGAAAAUUUGUACGUCGUUCUUCGCGAUAAGUCUUCUCGUCAUUAUGUUAUUGCUCGUCAUGAAUUAAAUUAUAACAAAAAAGAUAAUUUAACAAUUGGAACGUAUGCUACAUUUGCUUUGCCAGAUGAUCCAUCACGUCGUUGUCAAGGUACAAUAAUUGUGUCAGGUUCAAAAGAACAAUGUGAAAAUAGUAUGUCGUUAAUUGAGAAGACAAUUAACAAUAGCAAUAAUAAUAGCAAUACUAAUAAGAUUAACGACAACGAUGAUAAUAAUAAUAAUAAUAUUAAUCAUAUUAGUAACAAGAAUAAAAAUGAUAAGAUAAAAAGCAACAACAAAAAAAACAAUAGUGAACCAAAUAAUAAUAAUAAUAUGAAUAUGAAUAACAACAAGAAAAGGAAAAAUAUUAAUAAGUGUAGUACUACUGAUAACAACAAGAAGCGAAAAAAUAUUUACAGUAUUAGUAAUAACAAAGAGAACUAUAGUGAUGACAAUAGCAAUAUCGACAAAAAUAAAAACAAUAAUAAUAAUGUUUAUAGUAAAAUCGAUAAUAUUGAUGAUGAUGAUGAUAACGAACGAGAUGAACCUGAUUCAGAUUCGUCAAAUCAGUUAUUUAUUGAUGAUAAAACAGAAAGAAGUGAUGAUAACGACAAUUAUGAAGAAUCAGAAACUGAAAGUGGAAUUAUAACAGACUCUCCAAUAUCUCAACAACCUGUUGACCUUACUAGUACAAUUUCUCAAUCCGUUACGGUUGCUAAAAAAGUUAAUCAUACUGAUACAGUUCUUAAUCAAACUGAACUGUCUGCACCAUUAAAUCUCAAUUCAAAGAAGAAACGCUCGACUGCAGUAUCUCAUUCGGAAUACGAAAAAAUGAAACGUGAAAACAUGAAACUGAAAAAAGAAAUUAAUAUGUACAAAAAAGGCUGGAUGCCUAAGCCAUCUGGGCCUGCGGCAAAUUACUUUAUUGAAAUUGGAAGAGCUUUAUCCGGUGUUACUGUUGAUGAACCUCAUGAAGAAGAAAAAGGCGAUGCAUUAGAAAAUAUAUGUCUUGCGCUAGACAUGAAUGAAAAAGAAUUAAAAUCAUGUGAACAUGAUACUGAUAUAACAAAAACAUGUCGACAAAUAAUUAAAUUUAUUUAUCCUGAUGCUAAAGAACGUUCAACAAUGCUAGUCUCAUCAAUGGAUGCUGAUAAAUUAAAGUCCAUACAGAGAUAUGCCAGAUUAGUUCAUCCAGCACAAUCGAAAACUGCAAAUUCAACACUUAAUAAUGCUAUUGGAAACGUUUUCGCUACUGAUAAACAUCGAUACGAAAAGAACGACAACAACAAUACAACAGAAGAUGACGAAGAAGCAUAA